UCCAAACAGCAGUAUUUAAAAAGGGAGGCUUUUCUGGUGAAAGUUCUCUUUCUUCUUGAAUUUUCAAACUGUGGCUACCUAAACUGAGUAUUUGGCAAGAGCAAGGUUAAUCAACCGUUUGAUUGUUUCAGAGAAGAUUCUCCUACUAAGGAACAGUAAAGAAUGAAAAGCUUACCUUCCAUCGUGGGCCUGCUGGCUCUUAUUUUAUGUUUCAUGCCCAGUGAGAGUCACAGAGUACACAGUGGACCAUAUCAAUCCAGCAAGCUGCCAUCAUCUUUUAUAUACUACAGGCCAAGAAGGAUUUCAGCAGGCUCCCCUCCUUUCAAUCACCCAGGAUAUAGUCAAUCACGACCUCUUUUUCCUCCUUCUCGCUUUGGCUCAGCGUUCUUUCCUCCUCAAUCCCUUCCACCGAAAACCAUUAGAAAACCUCACCACUUUCCUGGUUAUCCAAAUCGACCUUUAUACCCAAAACCACCAUGUCACCCUUUCCCUGUACAUCCUCCUGUUCAUCCUCCUUUCCCUAACCCUAAACCCCCAGUAAAAACAACUAUCACACCUACCAACACUGCAGAAUUCACCACUGCCCCAACAACAACCAUCAUACUUUCCACAGAACCCACCACAGCAACAGAAGAACCCACAACAACAAUAGAAGAACCCACCACAAUAACAGAAGAACUCACCACAACAACAGAAGAACCCACCACAACAACAGAAGAACUCACCACGACAACAGAAGAACCCACCACGACAACAGAAGAACCCACCACAACAACAGAAGAACUCACCACAACAACAGAAGAACCCACCACAAUAACAGAAGAACCCACCACAACAACAGAAGAACCCACCACAACAACAGAAGAACUCACCACAACAACAGAAGAACCCACCACAACAACAGAAGAACCCACCACAACAACAGAAGAACCCACCACAACAGCAACCACUGUCCUUUACACAGACCCCACCACAACAACAACAGCAACCACCGUCCUUUCCACAGAACCCACCACAACAGCAACCACCAUCCUUUCCACAGAAUCCACUACAAAAGAAACCACUGCCUCCUCAACACUACCUACUUCCCCAACAACAGAGCCCACCUCCACAUUAGCAGCAACUACCACCACAGCAUCUACUGAGGAUACUACCCCAAUUACAACCAGUCCUCCCCCCAUCACAUUGCUCAGUACCAAUAUUCAAUUUACAACCUCCAAUCCAAAUACAUUCGAUUUUAAAAAGUUUUGGGAAAACCUACUUUCUAUUUUUGGUCGAAAAUGGGAGAAAUGACAUUUUUCAAACUUCUCUGAUUUCUUAGAAGUGAACGUCAAUUAUUUUGAUGAAAUCAACCUUGAUCAACUAGUAUACCAAAUAAAAACAAUUUGAGCAAU